GUAAAUCAAUGAUAGCAGUGUCGCUACAACGUUUAACUCUUUAAGUCAUUCGGUAUUCUGUAAAUUUUCUAUUACUUUUUAAAACUAGUUACAAAAAUCCUUUGCUAUGAUGUCUGGAAGUGAAAAGCUAUUGAACGUUUCAAUCUCGCAAGAUGCGGAUACUUACGGCAAUAGUAAAGUGAAGAAAAGUGAGAAUGUUUAUGAAUGGAGAGUUGAAAAUUUUGGUCUCUUCCUUAGCAGGAAAUAUGAAAUACCGAGUCCAGUCUUCAUCGCCGAUCCAUCUGAAGGCACAAAAUGGAGAUUAAUUUUGCUUUCCGAGAACUGCUAUCCUAAAGGUCUUCACGUAGGUGUGAGUUUGGUUAGGAUGUCUGAGGGUAGUAGACAACCACUUAGUGUAAAAUAUAAAAUUUUAAUCACAACCAAGCAAAGUGGUCACAUUUGUCUCUUGUCAAGCGAAAAGGUAUUUAAAAGCAUAUCAGAUUAUGACACAGGUCUACUUAUUAGUCAUGCCGAAUUAAGAGAGAAGAAAUUGCUUAUAGAUACCACCUUAAUAUUACGUUGUGAAAUGGAUGUUAUAAGAACAGAGAAUUCAGAUACAUACGAAGAUUCAACAUCCGGCAAGGAAAGCCAAGAAAUCGAUGAUAUUAAUUCAUUAUCGGCAGCAUUUAAUUCUUUAGCACAAAAAGAAAAGAGUUCUUUUUGUGCCAAAGACAUUCAUAGAGGACCAAAAACAUUCAUAGAGGACAAAUUUAAUAUUUUGAGCGAUUUGCAAUUUGGCAGUGUAAAUCAGCUGACAGUUUCGAAGUCUAUGCAUGUUCAAGAGUCUUUAAAUCAAUUAUGCAAUGAUUUUAAGUCUCUUUAUAUGAGCAAAAAUCUUGCUGAUACUAUCAUAAGUGUGGAAGGCGCUGAAAUACGGGCACAUAAAGCCGUUCUGGCCGCUCGAUCUGAAUAUUUCAGAAUCUGGGAAAGUACUGGGAAUAGCAAAUUAGUUAUUCAUGGAAUCAAAAGUGCUGUCAUGGAAGCAGUUCUCUAUUACAUAUAUACAGGGCAAAUGCGUGAAAUGAGAUUGGAAAUUGCAUUGGAUAUGUUGACAGCUUCCAGAAAGUUUCGUAUUCCACAUCUUGAAUUAAUGAUUAUCGAAUUCCUUCAGGAUAAUAUUGAUGCCGAUAAUGUUACCGACAUCCUUCUGUGGUCCGAAGAAUUGAACCUGAAGGAUCUUAAACAAACGGCUUUAAAAUUUGUCUCGUCCAAUUAUUCUGAAGUGGUAAAAUCAGAUAAGUGGAAUGUGAUGCUGAGGCUUAAUCCUCAUAUUGCUAGAGAGAUUUUAAUAGAAUCGCCAUCUGUUAGAAAAAAUAAAUUUAACUUUUAAGUCUGGUGGCCUUGUCGAUAUAUAUUAGUGUCAUUUCAAGUAUGCCUUCCUCUUUUCGGUAAGGUAUUACGUUUUAUAAACUGUUUUAUCUUUAUAGUUUAAAAUGAUUUUACAAAAUACAUUUUGCUAUCAGAGUGUAGAAAUAUCCUUUUCGUUGUUGAGAUUGUACUUUUUUUCCUUCAGUUCUUAUUGAUAUACAUAUUGUGUAAAACAUUUAUCAAAAUAGGUGUAUAUAGAAAAAUUCUUCCUUUUCUGCAGAACUGAGCAGUGGAUAAAAGUGAAAUUAUAUCAUAAUUAUAUACAACAUAAUGUGUUAAAUGCUACGAUAAAUGACUUGUAGCUAACAAUUAUAUUGAAUAAAUAGUAAUUAUUGAAUAAUUUAUAUAAAUCUGACAUUUUUCACAUACUCUUUUUAGCAUAAAAUGAAUCGUUAAUUCAAUGAAAAUAUUUUAUCAGUGAUUUACAGUUUCUGAUAUUUAUUUAAAGCCAAUCUCAAUGAUGUUGAAUGAUAUUUGAUAUUAAUGAAUGAAAACAUGGUAUAUGAUUUUUAAAAUUUACAUGCAGUAAAUAGAAGUAAUUAUUUUUGUGAAACCAUCUGAAGUAAACCUGAAUAUAUAUUGAAUAACAUGCCUAUAUAAAUAUGAAUAUUAAAGCUUACUUUAAUGAUCGAAA